AUGUCGUUCCGGGUACGCAGCAGCAAGUUCCGCCACGUCUAUGGCCAGACGUUGAAGAAGGAGCAGUGCUAUGACAACAUCCGGGUAUCCAAGUCAUCCUGGGACUCAACCUUUUGUGCGGUCAAUCCCAAGUUCGUGGCCAUAAUCGUUGAAUGUGGCGGCGGCGGCGGCUUCAUCGUCUUCCCAUUAAAACAGAUGGGUCGACAGGCGCCGGAUGCGCCCAUCGUUGGCGGUCACAAAGGACCCGUGCUAGAUAUUGCGUGGGAUCCGUUCAACGACAACGUGAUUGCGUCCUCGUCCGAAGACUGCGUGGUCAAAGUAUGGCAGCUGUACGACUACGGGCUGUCGCGGACAAUGACGGAGCCAGUGGUGGACCUGGUGUACCACCAGCGGCGCGUGGGCCUCGUGCUCUGGCACCCUUCCGCCAGCAACGUGCUGCUCAGCGCCGGCAGCGACAACCUGAUAGUCGUCUGGAACGUUGGGAACGGCGAAGCCAUGGUGGUGAUCGACACGGUGCCUGACCAGAUCUGGUCGGCCAGCUGGGCGUGGGACGGCUCCAAGCUGCUCGUCACCAGCAAGGACAAGAAGAUCCGCGUGCUCGACCCGCGCUCCGGCGAGAUUGAGGAGGAGGCGGUGUCGCACGAGGGCAGCAAGGGCUCCCGGGCCAUCUUCCUGAAGAACGGACUGGUGUUCACCACCGGCUUCAGCCGGAUGUCAGAGAGGCAGUACUCACUGCGGGCGCCCGGCCACCUCAGCGAUCCCAUCGUCAUGGUGGAGCUGGACACGAGCAACGGCGUCAUGUUCCCGCUCUACGACCCUGACACCAACCUAGUCUACCUGUGUGGCAAGGGUGACAGUGUGAUCCGGUACUUCGAGAUCACACCAGAGCCGCCGUUCGUCCAUUACAUCAAUACCUUCCAGACGCCCGACCCCCAGCGAGCAAUAGGAAUGAUGCCCAAACGAGGCUGUGACGUCCAGGCAUGCGAGAUCUCGCGGUUUUACCGCGUCAGCAACAACGGCUUCGUGGCCGUACACCCGUUCGUCGUACCGCGGAAGUCGGAGCUGUUCCAGGAGGACCUGUACCCAGACACGAUGGGCGACACUCCGGCCAUCACCGCUGAGGAGUGGCUGGAGGGCGCCAACGCUGAGCCCAUCCUGGUCUCGCUCAAAGACGGUCCGGUGUUCUCGACACCGAAAAAGGAGCUAAAAAAGGUGGUGAAAAAGGCCAACGUGCUGGACAAGAAGAAGACGGCCUCGCAGAUGCAGCAGAGCUCCGACGCGCAGGGCGUCGGCUCGGGCUUCUCAGAGCAGCAGGUCAAGGAGCGCGUGGAGGACGCCGUCGCCGCUGCCACCAAGGCAUACGACAAACGCUUCGACGACCUGAUGAUGGAAAUGCGGAAGAUGAAGGCGGUGAUCGUGAAGCACGACGACAAGAUCCAGAAGCUGGAGGCGCGGCUGGCGGGCAGCGGCGAGUCGUCGCCGCCCAGCGCCGGCCUCAACACGCUGCAGGUGCCUCCGGCCGACGAGCUGGCGCCGGACGUGAUCGUGUGCGAGGUGUUCAAAAGGUAG